AGUGCAGCUGAGCUGGGCUGGAACUGCCCUCCUGGAACUCCCCCAGCCUGCAACCUAGGAGGAUGCCUCGGAGGCCCAGCUAGGGCCUGACCUGGGCCCCAUGCGCCUCACCCGCUGCCAGGCUGCCUUAGCAGCCGCCAUCACACUCAACCUGCUGGUCCUCUUCUAUGUCUCGUGGCUGCAGCACCAGCCCCGGCACUCCCGGGCCCGGGCUCCUCGCCGUUCAUCUGCCGCCGGGCCCCGCGUCACCAUCCUAGUGCGGGAGUUCGAGGCAUUUGACAACGCAGUGCCCGAACUAGUGGACUCCUUCCUGCAGCAGGACCCAGCCCAGCCCGUGGUGGUGGUGGCCGACACACUCCCCUACCCGCCCCUGGCCCUGCCCCGCAUCCCCAGUGUUCGCCUGGCGCUGCUCCAGCCCGCCCUCGACCGGCCCGCUGCAGCCUCGCGCCCGGAGACCUACGUGGCCACCGAGUUCGUGGCCCUGGUGCCUGAUGGGGCGCGGGCCGAGGCACCCGGCCAGCUGGAGCGCAUGGUGGAGGCGCUGCGAGCGGGAAGCGCACGCCUGGUGGCCGCCCCCGUGGCCACAGCCAACCCUGCCAGGUGCCUGGCCCUGAACGUCAGCGUGCGAGAGUGGACCGCCCGCUAUGGUCAGGCACCCGCUGCGUCCCGCUGCGACGCCCUGGACGGGGACGCCGUGGUGCUCCUGCGCGCACGCGACCUCUUCAACCUCUCGGCGCCGCUGGCCCGGCCGGUGGGCUCUGGCCUGUUCCUGCAGACCGCCCUUCGCGGCUGGGCGGUGCAGCUGCUGGACCUGCCCUUCGCCGCGGCGCGCCAGCCCCCGCUGGCCACGGCCCACGCGCGCUGGAAGGCGGAGCGUGAGGGGCGCACUCGGCGGGCGGCGCUGCUCCACGCGCUGGGCAUCCGCCUGGUGAGCUGGGAGGGUGGGCGGCUCGAGUGGUUCGGCUGCAGCAAGGAGACCCCGCGCUGCUUCGGCACGGUGGUGGGCGACACACCGGCCUACCUCUACGAAGAGCGCUGGACGCCCCCCUGCUGCCUGCGCGCGCUGCGGGAGACGGCCCGCUACGUGGUGGGGGUGCUGGAGGCGGCGGGCGUGCGCUACUGGCUGGAGGGCGGCUCGCUGCUGGGGGCGGCCCGCCACGGGGACAUCAUCCCGUGGGACUACGACGUGGACCUGGGCAUCUACUUGGAGGACGUGGGCAACUGCGAGCAGCUGCGGGGAGCAGAGGCCGGCUCGGUGGUGGAUGAGCGCGGCUUCGUGUGGGAGAAGGCCGUCGAGGGGGACUUUUUCCGCGUGCAGUACAGCGAGAGCAACCACCUACAUGUGGACCUGUGGCCCUUCUACCCCCGCAACGGGGUCAUGACCAAGGACACGUGGCUAGACCACCGGCAAGACGUCGAGUUCCCGGAGCACUUCCUGCAGCCCCUGGUGCCUCUGCCCUUUGCUGGCUUCGUGGCGCAGGCGCCUAACAACUACCGUCGCUUCCUGGAGCUCAAGUUCGGCCCCGGGGUCAUCGAGAACCCCGAGUACCCUAACCCAGCACUGCUGAGUUUGACGGGAAGCGGCUGAAGUCAGGGAGGGCUGCUGCCCUCGCCUGGCGUCCAGGGGACAUUCCUGUGUUUUGGGGGAAUCUGGAUGUGGAGCAGCUUUGUGUGGGCGAUUGGGGGUGGGGGUGUGGUGCAGAGGGAUGGGGAAAGUCAGCAAGAAAGAAAGAAGUUAGAGGGGGCGUACGACGGAAGCCUGGCUUUGGCAGGAGAGAACCUGGCCAAAGAUGGUGGGAAGCAGCGCCCAGAGGUUCUCCAGCCCUGCCGGCUGUGAGCGAUGGAUGCGUGCGCGCGUCCUGGUAACUGAAGGAGCCGCCAGCGUUUGGCGGACGGCGCCAGAGACGCCAAGCCGUGCCGCAAGGCCCCGCAUAGUCCCAGGCCACAAAGAAGGGCCCUGCCCAAGAUUCCAAGAGUCCUGCGCUCCGGAGCUAGGGCAGCGUUUUGGAAAGCAAGAGGAGUGCAGGCUCUGGGACCAGACUGGCGGGAUUGAAAUCCCGGCUCUACCCCUUACCAGUUAGAUGGGCCUGGGGCCGUGUCGCAGUUCUUUGUGCCUCACUUGGUGGCCUCCAGGAUUCUGCUAGUGUCCUCCGUGUCUAGCACCAAAUGAGGACCUUUGGCUGCUGGGGUCGCUGUGGGAGGCGGGCCAGCGAUGACUAUCUCCUCUUCUUCCGGAAGGCGACCGAGCUCCUUCCCUCCCGGGAGAGCUCUGUGAGGUGCGUGCUGCUCUUAACUCAUCUUGCAGCGGAGAAAACCGGCUCAACUCUGAGGUGCGAUGUGGUCACAAAGGGGUGGUGGAUCCGGGCUCCCACUCCUUGUUAUUACCUCAUUAUUGCAGCUCCGCACCUGUUUUCCGGCUUGCACGGCAGGGUAAACAGUAACCAUAGUUCGUUUACUGAGCACUUACUGGGUACCAGGCGUGCUUCUCGGCGUUUCACGUGGGUUAACUGAUUUAUCCCUCACUUCAACCCUUUGAAGUCACAGCUGCUAUCAUUCCCAUUUUAUAGAUGAGGAAACUGAGGCCAGAAUGGUAAAGUCACUUGGCCAAAGUCAGACAGCUUAGGAAGUGGCAGAUUGGGGAGUUGAACCCAGGUGGUCAGGCUCCGGAGCCCACACUGGACUUACCCACUGUGCCCGUCUCUAGCGACGGUACCCAGGAGGAGGUCUGUGGA